UUCUAUUCACUCCGCUGUUCGCGUCAAAACAAAACAGAAAAUUUUACGUUCGCUGCGAUAAGGAUUGCGCCGUAUUCAUGUAUUGAAAUCCUCCAGUCGUGUGUAAAAUGGAUUCAGGCCGCCGAACCGACGGUGAUGGAAUGGAGAACGAAGCUUCGGCACCAUCGUUCGCAGGUAAACGUCUGUCCAGCGCGUCAUCGACCACUUCGUCUGGCGUAGCGUCGCGUGACCUCAAACUGCCCGGGAAUCUGGCGAUCGAGCGACUGCUACCACACGCCGGUCCCAAUCCGAUCUACCGUCCUACGGAACUUGCGGCCAGUGGCCGCGCAUCGCUACCGGCCAUCGUUCCUCGGGGGAAGGUGUUCAAUCUUGUGCCCCGUCUCGUGCCGCACGGUGGUCAGCCGAAACUUGUCUCGUCAUCGUUACACAGCAAAGAACCAAAGUUUGUGCCCUUCGAGCCGUACAAGGGCGCAGUGACACCGAUCAUACCGGGGAAGAACUGCAUUCCCGGCGGUGGGACACGGGUAAAACUGAGCAAUCGCAACAAUCUGGACCUCAGCGUACUAGUUUCUCAAAUGUCCACCAUGACCGAUAAAGAGCUGCGCCUCGGAAGUGCCUCCCUUUCACGGGACGACGACGGCGAUAAGGCUCGCUACGAGAAGGAGCUGGAAGAGUUGCGCAAGGAACGUGACUACCUUCAAGGGCAGCUCAAAUUUCAGGCUCAGGUUAACUCGGAGCUAAAAAACUUGCUAGUCGCUGCCGUCGGUGAGGAUCUGCAAACGAAAGUGAACGUACUAACGGAGGACAAGCUGCACCUCGCCCGGAAGUUACUAAGCUCGGCGGAAAAUCUCUCAUCGCACACGGAACAAAUCGAAUUUCUGGCCGGACAGAGUGAAGUUUGGCGCAGUAAAUUCCUUGCCAGCAGCCUUAUGGUGGAGGAACUGGCACGCUGGAAGGCUAGUCUUUCGCAGCGCAAUGGGCUGCUGUUAGGAUCGAACAAAGAGCAACUCGAAGUCGUUUCGAAAACACGCGAAAUGAUGGUCGAAGUAUUGCGGCAAUUGCGUUUUCUAGCGAACGUGAAGGAACCUCUGAAAUUGCAGUCGGCAACCGUGCUCGAUCUGGCGUCAGAAUGCGUAAACAUAUCGCAACAGCUGGCUCUUCAACACACGGCCCUCGGCAUCCCCGACAAUCUGGACAAGUGGCUAAGCGGAUUAGAGAGUAUGACCGACGCAGAAAAGUUAGCUAUUCAAGCGCUACAAACCUCCAAUCAAUCGCUGGUUCCAACGGACGACGCAUUUAGGGCCAUUGUUGGCCAAGCUUUUCCUUCCAUGCAUCAAUCGGACACACCGCCUUCUCCGGGGGACGAAUUCGAGCUCGUAACGAAAACGGAGUGUGAGAUGAACAAGUGAAACGCAGUGGAGUUGUUU